UCACAUGGGAGGCAAGAUGGCGGCCUCCAGGGCGCGCUGCGAGCGUCGCGGCUGGUGAAACGCAGGCGGCGGUGCCGGGAAGUACUGAGGAUUGAAUUCAAGGCCUUUGACCUGAGCUGCAUCCCAGGCCCUUUUUAUCUGAGAGAAGAUCACGCUAAAUUUCUGGGUUGCCUGGAUUGACCUCAAACUUGGGAUCCUCCUGCCUCAGCCUCACACAGUGCUGGGAUAACCAGUGUGUGCCGCCUCGGCCAGUUCUCUAAGAUGUCUUGAGAGAGGCCCGGCACAGACUGCAAGCUAGGCCUCCCAGGCCCUGCCUGCCCUGAGUCAAGUGGAUGCCCAACCGGUAGAACAAGGGCACAGGUCCCAGUGUUCCUAGAGUCCCACCAGCUCACACACUCCUGCCUGCUCUGAUCUCUGCUGAUCCUUCCGAGGUGUGAAGUGUGACCCGCCUAUGUCGGCCACCAGAGGCGGCGACAGUCAUUAAACCAGGGAGCCAUCACCUGCGGCUGGAAACAAGCCGGCUGAGGCUCUCCAGGUUUAGCUGCGGAGCACCCAGACUGUGAACACGCGGGCACCAUGGUGACCGAGCGGGAGGUGGAGGCCAUCGGGCAGACGCUGGUGGACUCCGGGCAGCCCCUGCAGGCCCGCUUCCGGGCCCUCUUCACGCUGCGUGGGCUCGGUGGGCCCGACGCCAUCGCCUGGAUCAGCCGGGCCUUUGGGGACGACUCAGCCCUGCUGAAGCACGAGCUGGCUUACUGCCUGGGCCAGAUGCAGGACCCCCGCGCCAUCCCUGUGCUGGUGGACGUGCUGCGGGACACGCGCCAGGAGCCCAUGGUGCGCCAUGAGGCAGGGGAGGCCCUCGGCGCUAUCGGGAACCCAGAAGUUCUGGAGCUCCUGAAGCAGUACUCUGCUGACCCCGUGGUUGAGGUGGCAGAGACCUGCCAGCUAGCCGUGCAGCGGCUGGAGUGGCUACAGCAGCACCCUGGGGAGCUGGCGGCCUCGGGUCCCUACCUCUCGGUAGACCCUGCGCCUCCAGCCGAGGAGGGCGACGUGGGGCGGCUGCGGGAGGUGCUGCUGGACGAGGCCCGGCCUCUCUUCGACCGGUACCGCGCCAUGUUCGCGCUGCGCAACGCAGGUGGAGAGGAGGCCGCCCUGGCGCUGGCCGAGGGCCUGCGCUGCGGCAGCGCGCUGUUCCGCCACGAGGUGGGCUACGUGCUGGGCCAGCUGCAGCACGAGGCCGCGGUGCCACAGCUGGCCGCCGCCCUGGCCCAGCGCGCCGAGAGCCCCAUGGUGCGGCACGAAUGUGCCGAGGCCCUGGGCGCCAUCGCCCGGCCCGCCUGCCUGGCUGCGCUGCGGGCGCACGCCGCCGACCCCGAGCGCGUGGUGCGCGAGAGCUGCGAGGUGGCGCUGGACAUGUACGAGUACGAGCGCGGGCCGGCCUUCCAGUACGCGGAUGGGCUGGAGCGGCUGCGGCCCCCGCCCUAGGCCUGCCGCCGGGCUCCUCAGGGCUGCCUCCCCCCGGGACUUCGGCACUAAACUGGGUCAGCGUUAAGUGGAUGUCGUCUCCAGCCCUGCGCGUGGGCGUGGACCUUGCCGGGCGGGCGGGCCGAGGUGGGUGCCCUGCCUGCAGACCCUGCGCGGCCUGGGAUCUUGCGUCCUGAACGCCGGAGUGGGCCGGAGGCUCCCCAGGGCCUAGCAUGCAGCAGGCAGACCUGGAGGGGUUUGGGGUGCGCAGUCCGGGACGGGGCGUUCUGGGGGUGAGGAUGUUGGGGGACCCCAGGGGCAGGAGCGGGGCACUUGGGAAGUAUUGGGGUGACAGUGGCUCAGCUUCCACCAGGAACAGGGAACAGGGUUUGGAGGUCCCUUAUCCCCUUCACCCUUUGGGGCCCAAGCAGGACGGGGAGGUGGCCUCCGGGUGGGCUGGGCUAGGGGCUCUUGCGGGUCCCAGGGCACUACCCAGAUGGAAUAUUAAAUUAUUUUUGCUGA